GCUUUAAAUAGAAGCAUUUUUCCAACAAAAGUCUGUGUUGACUUUCUAUUUUCAUCGUCAUCUAUCGAAAGCAAAUUUUACUGGCCAUCCUUCACUCCCAACCUUCCGUUUCCCAUCAAAAGGCAAAGCAACCCAAUUUCCCUCUCCCAUCACAUUCCCGAGGACAAAGAAAAAAAAUGAGAGAAAUCUUGCACAUCCAAGGAGGUCAGUGUGGGAACCAGAUCGGCGCUAAGUUCUGGGAAGUCAUAUGCGACGAGCAUGGUAUUGACAACACUGGAAGGUAUAGCGGUGACUCCGAUCUACAGAUCGAGCGUAUCAAUGUCUACUACAAUGAAGCCAGUGGUGGAAGGUAUGUCCCACGUGCUGUUCUCAUGGAUCUCGAACCUGGUACUAUGGACUCCGUCAGAUCUGGUCUUUUUGGACAGAUCUUCCGCCCCGAUAACUUCGUCUUCGGCCAGUCUGGUGCUGGGAACAACUGGGCCAAGGGUCAUUACACCGAAGGAGCUGAGCUUAUUGAUUCUGUUCUUGACGUUGUCAGAAAAGAGGCUGAGAAUUGUGAUUGUUUGCAGGGAUUCCAAGUUUGUCAUUCUUUGGGUGGAGGUACUGGAUCUGGAAUGGGAACCCUUCUUAUUUCCAAGAUUAGGGAAGAGUAUCCAGAUCGCAUGAUGUUGACAUUUUCGGUCUUCCCAUCUCCUAAGGUGUCUGAUACAGUUGUUGAGCCAUACAAUGCUACCCUUUCCGUUCAUCAGCUUGUCGAGAAUGCUGAUGAAUGUAUGGUGUUGGACAAUGAGGCUCUGUAUGACAUCUGCUUCCGCACUCUCAAGCUUGCCACUCCAACUUUUGGUGAUCUUAACCACCUCAUAUCUGCUACAAUGAGUGGUGUGACAUGCUGUCUGCGGUUCCCUGGACAGCUGAACUCUGAUCUCCGCAAGCUGGCAGUUAACCUUAUCCCUUUCCCACGACUACACUUCUUCAUGGUUGGAUUUGCACCCUUGACAUCCAGAGGAUCACAACAGUACCGGGCCCUGACUGUGCCUGAACUGACCCAGCAGAUGUGGGAUGCCAAAAACAUGAUGUGUGCUGCUGACCCACGCCAUGGCCGUUACCUAACUGCUUCUGCAAUGUUUCGUGGUAAGAUGAGCACGAAGGAGGUUGAUGAACAAAUGAUUAAUGUCCAGAAUAAGAAUUCAUCAUACUUUGUCGAGUGGAUCCCUAACAAUGUCAAGUCUAGCGUGUGUGACAUCCCACCUAAGGGUCUGAAAAUGGCAGCCACUUUCGUUGGAAAUUCAACCUCAAUACAGGAGAUGUUUAGGAGGGUUAGUGAGCAGUUUACGGCGAUGUUCAGGAGGAAGGCUUUCUUGCACUGGUACACUGGUGAGGGAAUGGAUGAGAUGGAGUUUACUGAAGCUGAGAGUAACAUGAAUGAUUUAGUUGCCGAGUACCAGCAAUACCAGGAUGCAACCGCGGAGGAUGAGUAUGAGGAGGAGGAAGAAAUAGAAGAGGAAGUCGUCGCUUGAGGGAGGAGUCUUUUUAUUGUUUCUUCAGAUGGGUCUGAAAUUUGCAUUUUCCUAGGGUUUGGCUAUCGUUGAGGUCAAUUUUAGAUUAACAUCAUGUGUAUGGUUGUGGGUCCUUGGAUCUAGGAUGUGAUUUUUCUUUUUAAAGCCUGAUGAAUGAUGUGUGUUUGUAUUUCGUAGAAUACUUAGCAUUCUAUUAUAUUUGGAUGUAAUAUUAUCCGUCUGAUGAGUAUUUCUUUUAUAGAAUUAAUGCCAAGCAGCCUCUUGUGGCCAUAAAUGUAUAUAUAUAUAUACA